CUAGUGUAAUAAUAAUAAUAAGUAAUCAAAGUAAAGUAAGUAAGAAAGUAAUAGUGUAAUAAGUAAUCUUGUGUAUAUUACUCUUAGUGUUUAGAACACAACUAUGUUUCCGUUUCUACUAGUUCAUUUAAACGUAAUUUGCUUGUUAAAUUAGCACAUGUUACAUUGAUACUGCACGAGGCUAAUCGCCCGGAGCAUGAGGUCACUAAACUAGACGUAGAAAGAAACUGGUGAAAGGAGAGGAAGAAGUUUUCAGGAUGAUAAAGGAGGAAGAGGAGGCUAUCACAUUGAAAGAAGAAGAGGAUGAUAUUACAGGGAAAGAGGAAGAUGGGAAAGAGGUUGUCAGAGUGGAAAAGGAGGAAGUAGAAGCUUUCAGAAUCAAAAAGGAAGAAGGUGCCGUAACAUUGAAAGAAGAGAAUGUAGUGAAAGAAGAGGAAGAACAUUUUGGUGUAAAAGAGGAAGAGGAGGCUAUCUCAAUAAAAGAGGAGGAGGAGACGGAAGUUCCGAUUACCACCAGAGAGAGACAUGACUAUUGUGGAUCCUCUAGGGAGCCUCGACAACAUCCUGAUGCUGACGAGGAAGAGAAGAGUCUCUCCAGAUCAGAACACCAGAUGGACAACGCUAGCCCUUCCUCCCUCCUGGAGUCCAUGUGUUGUGCCUCUCCUAGUUGCUCCUUACUGCUGGGUAUGAAGAGGUUGUCUGUGCUGCUGGUGGACUGCAGGAAAACAACAGGGCUGAGUGGAACUGUGAGAGGAGGAGAAAAGAAAGGAUCAGAUUUGACACAUCAAAGAGAAAAAAACAACUCGGAGGAACCAGAGCCAGAGAUAGAGAUGUCCAAACCAGCAAGACGACACCUCUGCUCCCAGAUUGGAAAGAGUUUCAUCAAGUUAGGAAACCUGAAAGUUCAUGAGCGAAUGUACACAGGGGAGCAGCCAUACCAUUGCGCCCACUGUGGAAAGAGUUUUAAACGGUUAGACACCCUGAAAUCUCAUGAGCGAACACAUACAGGGGAGAAGCCUUUCCAUUGCUCCCAGUGUGGAAAGAGUUUUAGCCAGGUAGGAAACCUGAAAACUCAUGAGAGAAUACACACAGGGGAGAAGCCUUUCCAUUGCUUCCAGUGUGGAAAGAGUUUUAGCCACUUAAGAAAUCUGAAAUCUCAUGAGCGAACACACACAGGGGAGAAGCCUUUCCAUUGCACCCAUUGUGGAAAGAGUUUUAGCCAGUUAGUUAACAUGAAAAGACAUCAGCGGAUACACACGGGAGCAAAGCCACACCAUUGCUCCCAGUGUGGAAAGAGGUUUAGCCAGCCAGGAAAGCUGAAAGCUCAUGAGCGAAUACACACAGGGGAGAAGCCUUUCCAUUGCUCCCAGUGUGGAAAGAAUUUUAUGCGGUUAGACACCCUCAAAACUCAUGAGCGAAUACACACGGAGGAGAAGCCAUACCAUUGUGCCCAGUGUGGUGAGAGUUUUAGCCAGUCAGGAAUCCUGAAAGAUCAUGAGCGAACACACACAGGGGAGAAGCCUUUCCAUUGCACCCAUUGUGGAAAGAGUUUUAGCCAGUUAGUUAACAUGAAAAGACAUCAGCGGAUACACACGGGAGCAAAGCCACACCAUUGCUCCCAGUGUGGAAAGAGUUUUAGCCAGGUAGGAAACCUGAAAACUCAUGAGCGAACACACACAGGUGAGAAGCCUUUCCAUUGCUCCCAGUGUGGAAAGAGUUUUAGCCACUUAAGAAAUCUGAAAUCUCAUGAGCGAACACACACAGGGGAGAAGCCAUACCAUUGUGCCCAGUGUGGUGAGAGUUUUAGCCAGUCAGGAAUCCUGAAAGCUCAUGAGCGAACACACACAGGGGAGAAGCCUUUCCAUUGCACCCAUUGUGGAAAGAGUUUUAGCCAGUUAGUUAACAUGAAAAGACAUAAGCGGAUACACACGGGAGCAAAGCCACACCAUUGCUCCCAGUGUGGAAAGAGUUUUAGCCAGGUAGGAAACCUGAAAACUCAUGAGCGAACACACACAGGUGAGAAGCCUUUCCAUUGCUCCCAGUGUGGAAAGAGUUUUAGCCACUUAAGAAAUCUGAAAGCUCAUGAGCGAACACAUACAGGGGAGAAGCCUUUCAAUUGCUCCCAGUGUGCAAAGCGUUUUACCCAUUUAGGAAAUCUGAAAGAACAUGUGAGACUGCACACAGGGGAGAAAUCUUACAAGUGCUCAGACUGUGGGAAAACAUAUUGCUCAUCACAGUCACUUAAACGUCAUGUGAGAAUCCACACAGGAGAAAAUAAUUACUUAUCCUAGUGUGUAAAUUGAUAUUUCACAUCACAUUGACUUAAAAUUCAUCAGAGAACAUACACAGUGCUCCCAUUGUCUUAUAUUGUUGACUGAGAAUGGGUUUACUUGUUUAUACCAUAUGAAAUUAAAUUAAUAAUUGUACCAAGUAUACUCAAACAUAUAUUUGUAUGUUUUUAUUAGAAAACAUUAAUUGAAUAUGGAGUUGUCAGUUUCAAUGUAGGAUAGAUCAGGUUCCAUGUGUUUAAAUUGUCAUUUUUUAAACUCUGUGUGUGUUUAUCUGGGUGUCAUUCCUCCAGCACCACAGAUUAAUUAACAAGUGAUAUUUGGAUGUGAUGCAUUUGUUCCAUUGUUGACAUUUGCAUUAUUGGCCCACUGAUGAUUUAAUGAAAUGAAAAUGUUCAGACUCUGUAAUGGAAAAUGUUAAUUGUUUGUGUGUCCACAUAACUGAGUAUGUGACUAACCUUGUGAAACUGUCCAAUUAUAAUCUCCUGUUCUUGGGAGUAUCAUUCUGUGUUGCAAACCAAUUUGCACCUGUGUCCUUGUAUGAACAAGGUCCCGCCCAGGAACAGGAAACUAUAAAGAUAUGUGCUCAUCACCCAAUGCUUCAGGAAUUCAGACUGUCUACACUGCGCUGUGUAACUCUGUUAUUCUCUCUGAGCUCAGAAAUAAAGAAUCUUGGUUUGA